AUGAUGUUGAUGAUCAGGUCGUUCUCUUUGGCCUCUGGCUCGUCGUUCAUGAAGAGGAAAAGAUCAAUCAGGUUGUCUUUACCUAAUGAUGAUAAUAGUCCCGAUAGAGAUGCCUGGGUCAUUGAUGUUGCCGUUGCUGUUUUCUGGAAAACGAGAUUGAACACGUCCUGCCAGUUUGGCUGGGUCUUCAAUCUGCCGAGAAUGGUGGCUAAUUGCGCACCUCUGGCUGUUGCUUCUGGGACACUGGAGGGUGUCAAUGCUGUGAUUGGGUCUGCAUAUUGGCCGCAAAGUUUCUGCGAGCCUGGAUAG